AUGUCGCAUCGUGGCGAGCAGGGCGGGGAGGCGCCGGGUCUGCCGCGCUCCCAGUCUUUGGUGCAGGGACUGUUCGGAUGGAUGUCUCCGUUUCGUCACGGGCGCGGCGACACGUCGAUGGAGGAAGACGAUGACGGUGAGGACACGUUUGCUGAGGCAAGUGAGGGACCGACGCCAGAGGAGGUGGUGCCAGCCCCGACGCCGUCGCCCGACGUGUCUCUGCGCUCGAACCCGUCUCCCUAUGCGCGCAGGCCAUGGACGCCCAAGGUGCCCCCCUCACCCAGUGCCUCGAUGGUCUUUCACCCAGGCUCUUUCGAGACACCUACCAAACGGACACCCGUUGCCAGUGUACCGUUUUCCUCGUCACCGUUUUCGACGACACGCAACUCGCCAGGCCGGCGUCAUGCUCCUAUUUACUUUGGUCCCGGCACGUCGACGCGCAAAGCACAUUCACCGCUUCGUUCGACGAUCCCAGCGACCCACUCCAUGAGUGCGAUUCCCCGGGAGCCGAUGCUAACGACACCAGAAAAGCGACGCAAGACGCAGGAGUCGACGGAGGCGUCGAGUGUCGCCUUCGAAAAGCCAGCGGAAGAGCCUGAGGUGCCUGUCCGCCGCUCAACACGCGCUGCGUCGGCGAUGCGACAGGUGCUUGACUCGAUGCAGCCGGUAGCACCGCCAGCAGCGCCGAAACCUGCCGUGCCGGAGGUGGUGAAUCCGUACCAGACGCGAUCUAAGAGCACGAGACCAAGUCGGCCGACGCUUUCAACGCGAGCAAAGGCCCUCGAAGCAGCACGACAGCGUGCAUCCAAGACAGCGUCCCCACCGCCAGAGAAGCCAUCGUCCCUGUUGGAUGUGGUAGAACGGACCGAACCACGUCGCUCAUCGCGUCUCUCCACACAAGAUACGCCGCUAUGGCAUGUCACAAAUAAGCCGAAAAGGCCGUCUCCCUUGGCCAUGAACACACUAGAACAGGCUGACGCUGAUGUACCUGCCUCGGGUUCCAUGUAUGAUACGAUACCUCCGUCCAUGUCAGAUGCGUCGCUUGUGCCACAGCUGACAUCUCGCUUGCCCAAGUCAGCCACGGCACGGGACGUGUCGACAGUGGCCAAGCGACCUCGAGACACUGUCGAAGAUGUGGCCGGCCCUACGCCAUCGGAGGAACCUAAAGGAGGAACAGAGUCCCAAGAACCCAAGCAAGACCCCACUCCGGUACCCGCUCCUCAGCCGGCUCCUGCUCCGUCUCCUGCACGUGUCGCUGCACCUGCAGCUGCGCCUGUAGACGUCCCGUCAUGGUGUAUUGUGACGCCACCCACUCGACGCGAGAUGCCCAAAGGUCUGUCUGAAGAUCAGAUCCAGGCCCUCAACGUGCCAUACAACGACUUGGCCGUAUUUUCCUUUGAUGUUGCACCUGCAAAAUGUGAUGGUACCUUUGCCCAGGUGCCCUCUUCCACGCUCAAAGAUACGUCAAAGCCGCUCAUGGACGCGGAGACCAAGAGUGCUUCAUUCGCAACGGAGGCCCCAAAGAUGUCAAGUGAAGCCCAACCCUCCUCGUUGAAAGCUGCAGGUGAAGUGCCCAAGCCCGCAGCUACGCCGGCAUUUGGCUCGACAGAGACCACGCCCUCCUUUACAUUUGGGACUCAGGCUCAGCCUUCUUCCGAGGCACCCAAGCCCUCCUUUACGUUCGGGGCUCCGGCCAAACCUUCUUCCGAGGCAUCCAAGCCCUCCUUUACGUUUGGGGCUCCGGCCAAACCUUCUUCCGAGGCAUCCAAGCCCUCCUUUACGUUUGGGGCUCAAGCUACUUCUUCUUCUGAGGCACCCAAGCCUUCCUUCUCGUUUGGGGCUUCGGCCAAGCCUUCCUCUGAGGCAUCCAAGCCCUCCUUUACGUUUGGGGCUCAAGCUACUUCUUCUUCUUCUGAGGCACCCAAGCCUUCCUUCUCGUUUGGGGCUUCGGCCAAGCCUUCCUUUACGUUUGGAGCUUCAACCAAGCCUUCCGUCGAGUCGACCGAGACCAAGUCCUCGGGUAACGCUGUCAAGCCUUCAUUUUCAUUCAGCUCACAGGCACCAGUAGCACCCUCCGUGCCCAGCUCUGUGCCUGCCGCUGAGACCAGCUCAGAUGCUGGGGCACCUGAUACCAACGCACUUACCUCGCAGGGCCAGGGUGAAGAGGAUGAAACAACGUCGCAUGAAGUGCGCGCGAAAAUCUGGCGCUUGGAUGGCGGACAAUGGCAGGAUAUGGGUGUGUGUAUUUUGCGAAUCAAGACGUCCAAAGAGACGAGCAAGAGUCGCGUGUUGGCCCGCAAUGCCGUGAACGGCAAUGUCGUCCUCAAUUUUGCCUUGUACGAAGGACUUCGUGUCACGUGCGAAAAGAGUGUGCUUCUUUUCCUCGGGUUUGUGGAUGCCAAACCAUGCAAUCUGCGAUGCAAAGUCAAAACGAAUGAAGCGGCCGAGAGCCUGAAAGAGGCGCUCAUGUCGCAUGUGAACCAUUAG